UUUAAUUAAUUUCCCCCCCUUUGUUCUUCCCAUUCCCUUCCCUUUCAAUGGAUUUCUUUUCUAUCUGUUCUGCAGACUCUGCCAUAGCCACUUGCGGCGGCGAUCUCAAUUGCAAACGGAAUAAGCCUUUUGAAAUCCGCCAUUUUCGCUAUUCCGAGCUUGUUUCCUCCACUAAUGGCUUCUCCGCCGACUGUUUCUUGGGCAAAGGCAGCCACGGCAGCGUCUACAAGGCCGUCCUCGACGCCGGAAAGCUCGUCGCCGCCGUCAAACGAACCAAAUCCACAAACCCAUCUUCUAAUUUCCACCAUUAUAGAUGCCAUAGCUCUUGCCAAUUCGCCGGAAAUACUCCGGCGGAAAACGAAAUUGAGAUUCUCUCAACGAUUCGAAACCAGAGAAUCGUUAAUCUUAUUGGGUUUUGUGCCGAUUCCACUGAGAAAUUGAUCGUCGUUGAGUUUAUGCCUAAUGGGUCUCUUUACGAUCUGCUCCACUCGCGAUCUUCCCGACCGCCCGGUUGGACCAGACGUGUCCGGUUCGCGUUGCAAGUCGCGAAGGCGGUGAGGGAUCUUCACGCGUCGAAUCCGCCGGUUAUUCACAGAGAUAUUAAGUCGUCUAACGUUUUGAUUGACGGUAACUUUAACGCGCGGCUUGGGGAUUUUGGUUUGGCGUUAAGAGGACACGUGGAGGAUGUGCGCGUGAGAUGUACGCCCCCUGCUGGCACGUUGGGUUAUCUCGAUCCCGGGUAUCUCGCGCCGGCGGAUUUGAGCGUGAAGAGCGACGUUUUUAGUUUUGGGAUUUUGCUUUUGGAAAUCAUUACUGGCCGGAAUGCUAUCGACGUUGACCAUAGUCCGCCGUCGGUAGUUGACUGGGCGGUGCCGAUGAUCAAACACGGCGACUUCGAUGGGUUGUGUGACCCACGUAUCGGCUUGCCAUUCGACCCGGCGGUGAUUCGGUGUAUGGCGAUUCUGGCGGCGAGGUGUGUACGGUCCACCGUGCAGAAGCGGCCGGAUAUGGCGGAGGUGGUGGAGUGCUUGACGGUAGCAAAGAAGAAGGUGAACGUACGGCCGAUGUGGAGGAAUCUAAGACGGAAGGAACGACACGUGGAGAAUCUUCAGCCGUUGAUUUUGAAUUGGGAUGAACCGGACGGUAACGAUGAGCCGGUGAGGGCUACUCGAAUCGGAAGCCGGCGGAACCGGAAAGUAUCCAGUGUUUCGAGUACAGAGUAUAAAAUUAAGACGAUUGGUUCGAGCCAGAGACGUGUGAUUAGAUCGAGAUCAAUGGGUUCGAUGAACGAUGUGAAAUGGGGAGAAACUAAUUCGAAUAUGGGCGAUAACUAUUACUCUUCGUUGGGUGGCCGGCGGAGGCAUGGGGGAGUUGCAGUGAAAAUGCCGACAUUGAAACUGAGCAAAUCGAGGUCGGUGGGGGUGGCGGAGAAUCCAAAAUUUGUGGAAUUAAAUCGGAGGGCGGCGGCGGCGGUGGAAAUUGAAAUGUCGAAAUUGAGGAUAGAAUUUGAUGGUAAAUCUGAGGAAAAAAUGCUUGGAAAACCAUUGUUCCAAAAGUAGGGAUGAAAACUGAAAUGGGUUUUGUUUUUUUAAUUUAUUUUUUGGGAAUCUGAAAUUAAUGAAAUAGA